CAGCUCCCUCAUCUUCUCCUGUCUCUCCUCUCACUCUUCCAAACUCCCCCAUCUUCUCCUCAAAAAAAAAAAAAAAAACAGCUCUAAAGAAAACCCCUUUCCCACUUGUUACUCUGCCCGUCGUUUUGUUUUCUUGCUGGAGCCGAAACCACUGUUCUAUCACCCUCGCGAUCUCGAUCCCGAAGCAAGACCCCAUCUCGGGGCCAUUCUGCCACGCCCCCCGUCGUCGUUUCCUACCGCCAAAUCCAAGGCCUUCGGAUAGGUACGGCCGAAGCCCGUGUCGCCUCCCCCUGUUUUCCCUUCUCCCUCGCUCGCCAGAUGGUGAGAUGCGGAUAAAGGAGGCCUUUGUGGCUCUUGUCUAAGACCUCUCUCCGCCAUUCCUCCGCGAAAUCACGAUUUUUCUGGAUAGAACUAGGUGGAAAGAUCUCCGGAACGAGGGAAAGGUGGAUCUUGGACCGAGAGGAACCAACAAGAUCGGAUUUUGGUGCGCCUUUCUUUUUAUUAUCCAUUACUGCUAAGAAUCCUUUCAGAUUUUGCUUUGGCCUUUGUUGAAUGGUCUUCUUACCCUCAUGGAGGGUGAGACAUCAUGGGAGCCUCUUUCCAUUAGCCAUUUUGGAAGUGAGGUUGCUGAAUUUGAACCAGUCUCGGAGAGCAACAAGGGAGGCGAAGAAUUCAUGGUUUCCUUGGAUAGCAUUCUUCCAGAUGAUAUCUUAGAGAGAAUCUUAUCCUUUUUGCCCAUUGCAAGCAUUAUCAGAGCUUCAUCCGUGUGCAAAAGAUGGUAUGAUAUCAUCCACUUGAGGAGGUUUCUAUGGGCCAACAAGUUGCCUCAGAAGCCAUGGUACUACAUGUUUACCUGUAGUGAGGCUCCUGCUGGUUAUGCCUAUGACCCCAUACUUCGGAAGUGGUAUAGCUUCAGUCUUCCUUGCAUUGAAAGAAGUAACUGGUUUAUCUCUUCAUCCUGUGGAUUGGUUUGCUCCAUGGACAAUGACAGUAGAAGCCGUAUCUUUGUUUGCAACCCAAUCACAAAAGACUGGAAGAUGCUAUUGGAACCUCCUGGUGUAAAGUUCCCCGACUAUAGUACCCUUGCUAUAUCUGUGGACAGGAAAUCUCAUGAUUACACUGUUGUUGUGGCAAAAUCUAAGCAGGUGCCAGGUGAUUUCCUCCAGUGGGACUUCUCCAUCCACAUAUAUGAGUCAGGGAAUAGAUCAUGGGUUACAUCCAUUACGGAGGUUUUCACAGGAUGGAGGGGAGGUGACGAGAGCGUGAUUUGCAAUGGAAUUUUGUACUGCUUGAUUCACUCUACUGCUGUUUUAGGAACUGCUGACCGCCGCCAUGGCCUGAUCAUGUAUGAUCUCUCAGCUCGAUCUUCUCACACUUCUCUGAUGCGCACGUUGAUACCAGUGCCUUGUUCCCUCACCUGUGGCCGGCUGAUGAACCUCAAAGAGAGGCUGGUCAUGGUUGGCGGGAUUGCGAAAUAUGACAGGCCAGAUAUCAUCAGGGGAAUAGGCAUCUGGGAGCUUUGCAAGGAAGGUUGGCGAGAGGUCACUCGGAUGCCUCACAAAUUUUUCCAAGGAUUUGGUGAGUUUGAUGAUGUUUUUGCAAGCAGUGGCACUGAUGAUCUGAUAUACAUACAGAGUUAUGGAGCCACUGCUUUGCUUGUUUUUGACAUGAACCAGAAGCAGUGGAAAUGGUCGGUCAAGUGUCCUGUGACCAAAAGAUUUCCUCUCCAGCUUUUCACUGGUUUCUGCUUUGAACCGAGGCUUGAAGUGGCCUCUUGAAUUGUUUUGUUCUGCAUUGGAUUUGAUGGCAUCACAGGGAUUUAUAAAUAGUUUUUCUGUUUUGGGGGUCCUUUUGAAAGAUUUUGUGGGGCUUGGAGCUUAUAGAAAUUGCUUUUGAUACAGAGGAAAUCAUUUCUGAAGGUGUUGCUGGUGAUCCUUGUCCUUUUGUUGCAUAUAUCUCUGGGCAGAACAGUUUGAGAUGUCUGUUGGCACAGUUGAUCUAUAGAAUGGCAAGAUGCGCUCACUUCCAUUUUACUGUGAUCAUUUCUGCAUCAUUUUUUAAGAAAUUAUGCUUCAUUUUCCUGUUUUGCUUAAUUUUUAUUAAUUUUAUGUCCCUCUUGAAUUUUAAUAUUUGACUCUCACAUAUGUUCUAAAUAUCGUUUGCAUCCAUCUUUAAUUUCUUAUUUUGUGAUGGUUUGAUUUUUAGCUUUUAAUUUUUGACUCUCUCAUAUGUUCUACAUAUUAGGACCUUGCUUGUCAUGGUUUUUCUGUUUUGCAAUGAAUUAAUUGCAUUCGGUAUACUUGUUAUGAAUGCCACCAAAAUAAGCAGAAAUUUUCGGUAGUUGCUCAUUGCCUUGUUGUAUAAUUGAGGAGCAUCAGAUCUCAAAGAUUGUCAAAAUCCUUGUUCUGACCGUAGUAUCUUUAAGAAAAUGUGUUUUUAGAGGCACAUUGAUGUGCUUAAGGUAGAGACGUUCAACUCAGGUUUGUUUUGCAAAUAGCGUGCCCAAUGUAUUGUCUUAAUUGUAGGAAUUAUUUAAUCCUCUUUGAAUCAAUUAAGAUUUAAGAAUCCUUGCAAACAUUAGAAUCAAUUAAUUAAGUUCUUUGUCACAAAACUGCUCAUUUUUCAGUCUUUGAAGGUUGACAAAUCUCCCACUGCUUUUGUAAAGUAUUUGCACAGACCAUCCAUAAAGCUUCAGCCAGUGCCAUGAUAUGUGCAACAGCUAGAUAACUCUGAAUGCAACAAGGUGCAUUAAUUACUCCUCAUAUCCCAUUUUAUGUAUUCAGUCAUGUAAAUCUAAUGACUCCCCUGCCAAUUUAUGGUGCGAGGUGAGCAUCCAAGACCUAUCUUAUUUAUUUGUACAGAAGGACUUGAGGCACCCAAGUUCUAUCUGUUUGUUCUCAGAUGCUGAUAGAAUUUAGGUAAAAGGGUGACCUAAAAUCUCCCUGGCCAACAAGUGUCUCCUUGAGGAAUGGAAAAAAGGGGAGGGCGUCUGGAAGUUUUUGUCGCUCUCACUGUGAGGGGAGAAUCUUUCCUUACCAAAACCCAGAAAAGGUCUGAAGCCUCUGUUCUUUCAAAAGAGAACCUAAAAACGACAUGAUUGUGGUAUAAGGUGCAAAUAAUAUUCUUUAUCUUUGUAUGCUUUUUCCCGCAGAAAAAGAAGAGGGGAUCUUGGGUUUCAGCUAAACCAAUGGUGAGGAGGGUGACCCCUUGUUGCAGCCUUCUCUCAGAGUUUUGGUGGGGGGACAGUGACAGGUGAGGCCAAAUCUGGACACUCGAAUAAACUGUGGGUUGGCGCCCUCCACAAACUUCCUACUGCUGAUCAAGAGAUGUCAGCUGGUGGCUCAGGCCAUUGUCCCUUGUCCACUCUAUUCAGGAUUCUCCUUGAUUAUAAUUAUAUUGUGUUUGAAC